AUGGAUAAAGAACUCAAUAAUCUAGCCGCAGUUACAAUUGAUAAUAAUAUACUAAUGAUUAUUGAUUUAACCAAAGAUAAAAAACUUAAUAACUUAGCCACAAUUAUAGUUGAUAAUAAUAGUCAGGCAUCUAAAAUUGAACAGCAUG